AUGAAAAGUCGUGGUAAAGGAAAUGCAGGGAAAUUAUCUCAGCAUUUUGCAAGCUCCGGCCAUAAAGCAGCUCUUAAUGCAUUUUUGGCUUUCCAGAAUAUGUCCAGCCACCUUGAUUUGUUACUUGAUAAAGAACGAAGGAAAGUUUUGAUUGAAGAAGAAGCGGAGUUGCAACGCAAUCAUGAAGCCAUUAAUACACUUUUGGACAUAACACAAACUCUCGCACGUCAAGGAAUAUCUUUUCGUGCUUCUUCCUCAGAGAAAGAUGGAAAUGGUAAUUUUCGGCAAAUUACUUCUUUGAUAGCCAGACACUCGCCUUCCUUUAAGAGAUGGUUGGAUGAUGCCCCCAAGCGACCACACAGAGUCGAUUACCUUAAUCCCAGGUCUCAAAACGAAUUCCUUGACUUAUUAGCAGAAGAUGUUACACACGGCAUGUGCUAA